CGCAGCAGCGGCAUCAUGGCGGAGCCCGAGGAACAGCCGCCGCCCGCUGCGACGCAGCGCGACGGUGGGGAGGAGGCCCCGGAGGGCGGGACCGCGGCGGGGCCCGCCGAACCGGGCCCACCCCCAGCCGGGUCACCGGGCACCGAAGAGCCCGCGGGCGACGCGAAAAAGAAAAUUGACGUGCUGCUGAAGGCCGUGGGCGACACCCCCAUCAUGAGGACCAAGAAGUGGGCGGUGGAGCGGACCCGAACCAUCCAGGGCCUCGUGGACUUCAUCAAGAAGUUCCUCAAGCUGAUGGCCUCCGAGCAGCUGUUCAUAUACGUAAACCAGUCUUUUGCUCCAUCUCCAGACCAAGAAGUGGGGACCCUCUAUGAGUGUUUUGGAAGUGAUGGCAAGCUUGUACUGCAUUAUUGCAAAACUCAGGCAUGGGGAUAAAUGACUUGCCACACAGUUGUUCAGGUUUUCUCUUCAAAAACGGAGAAAGGACUAACUUAUACUCAAGCUGUAAACACACAGAAAGAGGGAUUUUUGCAUUGCUGCCUAUGAACAUAUGGUGCAGAUGAAUUAGCAAAGACCUGGUUAGGCUGUACGAUCACAUGGCUUUUUUUCUGAUGUACAUCUGGGGACUUGCACCUGCCAUGUACAGUAGAGCCAGCAUUCUUGCUGCUGACUACUUAAUUGCUGUAUCUGAAGGGAAACUUUCAGUUGUCUGCAAGACUGACUGGACAGCUCUGUCCAUAUGUUGUACUGAAGAUAAGAGAACCUUUUUAUUAAAAGUAAUGUCUGUUGUACAUGUAGCCUGAGAUUCAGUUUACUUCUUAUGUGUUGUACAUCUGUGGUGUGCAUCCUAUUCUUUGUGAAAUCUUCAUCUUGAAUGUGCAUUAUCUCAUAUUAUUUCAAGACAGUAUUUUGAUUUUUUUUCUUGUAAUAUAUAGGGGUUGGUAUCUAGUCUAAUUACUCCACCCUUUGCCUUCAUCGUGUUGGUAAGUUGAGUACCUCAUUUUGGAUGGCACAGCAUUAUGAGAGGCCUCACAAUACUUCCCUCCUGCACAAAUUUUGUAAUGCUUUGUUGAAGGCUCAAGACUUCAGCAGUUCUCAAGCUGUUUCUUCUUGCACUGUUUAAUGACUUGCAUCUUUAGCUGAAUGAUGUAGUGAGCUGUUGCAUCUAGAGUUCUUGAAAAAGUAGAUAUGAGCUGCUAAAACCUCUAUAUAUUCUCUUUUUGACUGUUGUUAAUUUUCAUGUUUUACCAGCUGUGUGGUCCACUAAACAGUAGCAUGCAAUUUAUAUUCUUUUGCUAAAUCAUAGCAGUGAGAAUUGACUUGAGGUUUUUUCCAUUAUUGAGAGGACUUUGUACCUUGGCUAGGUUGCUGACCUUUGCUUUUAUUUAUUGGGGAGUUUGGGUGUGAGGGGUGGGGAUCUUUAGUGGGUUUAUUUGAAGUGUCUGUUGUACAGUCUUUUAUGUUUGUUUAAGCUGAACCAAAUUAAAUGUUAGUUGUUUGCUUGGAGAAUGUUCUUAUACUGGAUAACAGUUUUUGUCCCUGAUGUAAUCCAGUUCUUGAGCACAUACAGACAAAACAGCCAUUUCUAGUUUAAAUAAUAUUUUUACUAUAAUCUGGAACUGCUAUUUCAUACAUAAGUGGCUCUUAUGUAGUCUCUGCAUCCUGUGUAUUGAUUUUUUUUCCACCUGAAAGGACUUCUGGAAGAGUAAUACCCAGCUUAACUUACUGACGUUGCCACAGUUUGUGUGCAGCGUGCACGUACACCACUGUUACACAGGCACCUGCUCUCAAUGCUUGCUAUAUGCAUUACUUGAUGUAUAUUGGCAUUUUUUAAGUGGAAAACUUGGGUUCCCUUCAUUAAACUAACAAGGCAGAAUUUGUUGCAAACUUUAAACUUCAAAUAAUCUAUACUUUUGCCUGCUCAGAACCCUGAUCUCAUGAAUCUCCAUCUCUUUAAAAGAGCUGUUGCAGAGGGAAGCAUUCUGAUCCUGUCUGGUUGAGGAAAUUGCCUGCUUAGUUACUGUGAGGCCAGCAUAACCUCGACAGCCACUAGAGGGUACACAAGGACAAAGGUAUUUGCAUAGUUUUAUCUAGGGCUCUUUUUCAAUCUUUUUCAUAGUAUGUCCACAUGCUGGCUUUACAAAUAUAAGUAGUUUGUUCUCCCGUGUGACAGUAUGUUUACCUAAGAUAAGCUACUAGUCUGGUUCUCUUUAAAGAAUGUUCUAUUGGUGCCUUUCACCUCACUUGAUCUUAACAAAUGAAACUACUGAUAAACUGCAAAUGUGCUCUUCAGAAGUGAUGCAAGAAGGUUGAUGUGUGUGUGUGUGUACUGGAGGCAUUAUGUUUUGGUUUUAAAAAGUCAAAAGACAUUGAGAUCUUGAAGAACUAUAGGUCAUUGUGUCUGCUAACUAAUUAUAGAAGGUUGUCAUUUAUGCUGAAUCUAUAAAUAAUUUUUAUCCUCUGAAGUUGAAUAAAAAAUCGUUUGCCUCAA